CCAGGGCCAUUGGCUGCAUUUCUUCUGAUUGGCUGGACACCCUAAUGUUGUCCAGAUGCAUGUUUAUAUAAGGCAUGAUGCUGCUGGAGUCUUAACAUAAAACACAUUUAGCUCUGCCAGGGAAGCUUUUCUUUGUUUGCUAAGGAAAUCAUAGAAUUCAGAAAUCAUGUGCAGAGGAUUGACUAUAGCGCCAACAAACUGCUUGGAAAGAGCCAAGGAACUGAAGACUCGUUUAAACAUUUUGCUGCAAAAAUCAGAUGUAAUAACUGACCUGAAAAAUUCCACCAAGGCAGAAAAGGUUGAAAAACCAAGGUCUCCCUGUGAAGAUACAACUCAGUGGACAGAGCCCUUGGAAAGUGUGCUGUCCUGUAAAAAGGGAUUUGCAGCCUUCCAGAACUUUUUAAGAUUGGAGUUUAGUGAAGAAAACAUUGAAUUCUGGUUGGCAUGUGAGAAUUUCAGAAAAAGCAAGUCCUCUGGAAAACUGGAAAAGAAGGCCUGGAUGAUUUAUGAGGAGUUUAUCAAGAAUGAUGCUGCCAAAGAGGUCAACCUUGAUCAUGAAACUAAAGAGAUUACCAGGAAAAACCUUCAACAAGUUACACACACUUGCUUUGAUUUGGCCCAAAAGAAAAUCUACAACUUAAUGGAGAGUGACUCGUAUUCACGAUUCCUGAAGUCGGCACUUUUUCAGGAACUGUUGGCAAAACACUGUGGUGGCAAUGACACUAGUGGACGUGGCUCCUGUCAAAAGUCACAGACUUGAUACACAGGCAUCCGUGUGCCUAUUCUCUGAGGAAAGAAAGAAAUCGUAACAGCUAUGGGAAACAUUGGCACCUAAGAAAUCAGGGUACCAGGGGAGGGGAACUUUCCAAAGUUGUGAAAAUGUAAAAUUUGUAAGACAUUCUUUCUUUCAUCAUGUGGCUAGUGAGUUUUACUUGUGAUGCAGAGGACAUCUUUCUACUGUUGUUAGCCAAGUCUGCAGUUUUGUUAACAGCUCAAAUCUGUGAAUAAAGAAUAUGGCAAGUAGUAUGAGAAAUGAAACUGGAUUAGUUACAGACUACUAACGUGUUUGUUGGAUUAAAAAGUGCUUCGUAUCCUAGUUGGAAGCCUUGCUAGUAUCUCUCCUGGCUAGACUAUUCCAAUACCCUCCCUUUUGGGGCAGUGAUGGUAACUUAGAACAAAUCCUCUGGGUAGGAGUAACAGUUAUAGAUGAAAACAAUAGUGUAAGUUGUUAGAUAGGAGCAGUGCAAUAAACUUGUUGGCUGUACAUUAAGUUCAGCUUAUAAUAUGUAUAGUACGAAGUGAAUAAAAGUAGUAGAGGGCAACUAAAUGUAGAUUUAUGUAAUAGGACUGUGUGCAUUUGGAUAUUACUGCAGUGUGGCACAGAAUGUUUUCAUAUGUAGACAGUUUAGACUCUUUCAGAGUUUGCUUACUGUGGCAUUUAGAGCUGAUAUACAGAAAGGGCAGUGCAAAACAAACAGGAAGAACACAGUCUCAUUAAUUAUAAUACUCAUGCACUAGAAAAGCUUUUGUGUGUAUUACUGUACGCUGAUAAAAUCAGCUUCACCCUAA